ACACAUGUAUACCUAUUACACGCACCUUCACAAUAAUAUGUGAAUUUCUGGCCCAGAAAAGUUGUGAAAAUGUUACAAACCGCAGCUUUAAGGCUGGGAAACGUGUUGAGAAGUGACACUGGUGUCUUCUCUGGAAAGCUUUAAAACACUAACAUAAGAUGUUUACAUCACCACUAAAGGAACCGUGCGACUCGGCCAUGGACAUCCUGCGGCUCACCAUCAUGCUGCUCCUGAUCAGUUUCUCAGCUUUAUCAGCCUACGAUGACACCUGGACCAUUCAGGUUUCCCCGGAGGUACGAACCAUCGAGGGUUACCCUGCAGUGCUGCCCUGCUCCUUCACACACCCUACACACACUCUGCAUUCCUCUAUGAACGUGGUGUGGCGUCUGGGCCACACCCGCACCAGCACCGUGCUCUUCCGUUGCUCCAGCCUCAACGGCAGCCAGCAGUGCGAGACUGGACCGGACCAGGACCAGCGAUAUCGGCUGGAGGGAAACCACAGAGAGCACGACCUGACUCUGCGCAUCAGCAGCACCAGCCUGCAGGACAACGGCCGCUACUAUUGCAGCGUUGAGCUGCCCGACCAACCACACGCUAACUACGAGAACAAAAUGGGCACACGGCUCAGAGUGGAAGCUCCACCACGGAUCUUAAGCCUGUCCAUAGCAGGCAGUGUAGACACAAAACUCAAAGCCCUGUGUCAUGUCCAGGGCUCUCCGUUACCUGACAUCCAGUGGACAGGUCUAGAUGAAGUUCUCGACUCGGAUAACGAAGUAGUUCCGCUCCCACAGGAAGCUCCGGAUCGCCACAGAACCACCAGCCACCUCCUGGACAUCCAGCCAGGGGGUCAGUACACCUGUACCGCGUCCAACCCUCUCGGCAAUGACCAGGCGACGGUCUACAUCCUGCCUCUGAGUCCAGAAAAGUCCAAGAACAACAGCAGCAGAGAUGAUGCUCAAACUGUACCGCUGCUGCUUGGGAUAACGUUAGUGGUUAAAUUCCUCCUCUUCCUGGGAGGUCUGGGAGGUUUGUUUAUUAAAUGUCAUAUUGAGUCCAAAAGUCUGAGUCAAACAUCCAAAUGAUGUUUCUCACAUAGCUUUCAGGUUUAGUGACGACUGAACAAACCAAUCAGCUACUUGAUUAAACCAAGCUCCGCCCUCUGCGAUCUUUGGCAUGUGGUCACUGUAUUGUUUACACAUCAAAAUUUUUGAUCAUUAUUGUUUUAUGUUU